AUGAAGACUAAUUCGAACUCCUUAGCGCUGGUCACGACUUUAAUUGCUUCAUUACUAAAUACUGCAUAUAGCUAUACUAUCACUGUAGACGCACACGCCGAAGAAUGUUUUUUCGAAAAUGUUGAAGCCGAAACCAAAAUGGGUUUGAAGUUUGAAAUAGCCGAAGGAGGCUUCUUAGAUAUAGACGUUACUAUCACGGGGCCUGAUGGGGCAGUGAUUACUCAUGGUGAGAGGGAGUCGUCUGGCGUGUAUACAUUCUCGGCACCGACAUCAGGAAAAUACACAUACUGCUUCAGCAAUAAGAUGUCAACAAUGACUCCUAAAGUAGUGAUGUUCAACAUGGAAGUAGGUGAAGCACCAAGUAAGCCAGCAGGCAAAGAAGAAGAAAUGGAUCACAACAAACUUGAGGACAUGAUCAAAGAACUAGCAACCACACUUAAAACUGUCAAACAUGAACAAGAAUAUAUGCAGGUGAGAGACCGUAUCCAUCGUGGAAUAAAUGAAAGCACAAAUUCACAUGUUGUUAUGUGGUCUGUUUUUGAAGCCUCAGUACUACUUCUCAUGACUCUUGGACAAGUGUACUAUCUGAAGAGAUUCUUUGAAGUGCAGCGUGUGGUUUAA